AUCGUCAGAACUCUGGCUAGGCUCUUCACGCGGUCACUGUCGGAAUGCAAAGUGCCCACGUCGUGGAAAACUAGCAAGACUGUGUUGCCGUGCAAAAAGGGAAAUCCAGUCGAUAUUGGCACUUAUCGCCCAAUCUGCUGCUGUCUUAUCGCGAGAGUACAAAAUGCGUUCAUUGUUUUGAAGAAAGCCUUUGAUACUGUCGAGACAGAAGCGGUAAUCGAAGCUUUGGGUAACCAAGGUGUCCCUACUCAAUAUAUAAGAAUGCUUCGUGAGCUCUACGACAACUUUACGACCAGGAUUUCACCAUUCUACAAGAAAGUCAUUGUCAACGUGAGGAGAGGUGUCCGGCAGGGCGAUACCAUAUCGCCCAAACUUUCCAGUGCCGCUCUCGAGAAUAUCAUGCGUCAUUCGGAAUGGGAAGACUCGGGAGUGGAGGUCAACGGCCGCUAUCCACAUCACCUACGCUUUGCAGAGGACAUCAUCUUCAUAACACCAAACAUCGAGCAGGCGGAACGAAUGCUGGCCGAGUUUGACAAUGGUUGUGGAAUGAUCGGAUUGAGACUGAACUUAACGAACACGAUGUUCGUGAAAACAAAUUGGUACCUGAUUGUUGGCGGUCGGUUAGUUUUGUCGCAAAGGAUGCCGAACAAAGAGGAUACUUUAUUGGGUUGCAAACCUUGCUGGGUAGCGGCAGCAAGAAAUGAACAAAAUUCUCAUCUACUUACCGUAGUUCCGCUACUAGGUCUCAUCGCUGCACUUACCAUUCACUUUGGCCACCUUACUCUACCAUCCCGUCUUAUCGAAUGA